GCUCUUGAAGCCUUUCUGUGUUGGCCCUUCUCUCCCCACUUGUUUAUUCUUUAAGAAACUUUUCUGUAGAAACUAGAUUUGACCUAACCAGGUGGGCUUGUCACACAGAUUUAAAUAGAAAGGGCUAAGCAUUGAGUAGGCACCUCAGAAGAAACAGUCUAACUGGCCUUGUUUUCUCUCAGGAGACAGAGACUGCAGAUGGCCUCUGCUUCCUCAUGAAGGUAAAUAACCAAGGCUCCAGAGCUGAUACUGCACCAAGCAGCCCCUCAUCCCUGCAGGGCUCUGCCUGCUCCUCUCCUGCUGCUUCCAAGAUGCAGGGGCACAAAGGUACAUGUACACCCUCGCUGUACCCAACGGAGGCCAAUGGGGUGAAUGGGGAAAAAAGGAGAUUUGCCCCUGUGGCUACGCCAAUGGAUUUGCAUUGAAGGUGGAGCCUAACCAAGGCCCUGGGGUAAAACGUGAUGACACGGCUUUGAAUGGCAUUCGCCUGUACUGUACUGACGGCUCCUUCGUCGAGUCCACAGUGGGGCCGUGGGGCCAUUGGACUAGUGUCCACUGGUGCCCCAGGAGCAACCUGAUCUCCUUCUCACUGAGAGUGGAACCAUCCCAGGGAAAGAGUGAUGACACAGCAGCCAACAAUAUCCAGUUUGCAUGCUCAGAUGGGACCGGGCUGAUGGGCACCUCACAUUCCUGGGGUGAUUUUGGCCCAUGGAGCAAUCGCUGCAGCUCUGGGGGCAUUUGUGGGAUCCAGAUGAAGGUGGAGAAAUCCCAGGGCCCUGGGGAUGACACAGCGCUCAAUGAUGUGAAGUUCUUCUGCUGCAACAAAACAAGUACCUGUCCCUGCCCAUCCCUAAACACCAGCACCUGCCUAUUAAACACCAUUAAAGUUUAG